CUGCCUGCCUGCCUGCUCGGUCAGCUGGCUUGUAGACACCGCCCCCGGCCGGCCGGCAGCCCUGCCCGGGGGAUCGCGGAGCCUCGGCGGCCCUCGCUUCCUUCCACCGUCCCCGGGCGGCGGCUGCCCUGGCAUGGUGCGCCAUGGCCACUUGGAAGCGCGACGGGCGGCUGACGGCGCUGCAGCGGUUGGGUUGCGCCGGGCUAGCCGGAGCGGCGAGCCACACUUUGACGGCCCCGCUGGAAGUGCUCACCGUGCUGAGCCAGGUCGGGGCGCUACCCGGGCGGAGAACCGGCCUCUGGCGAGCGGGGAGCAACCUGUGGCGAGCCGAAGGACCGGGAGCGCUCUGGAAAGGCAACCUGACCGCCUGCUUGCGCCUCCUGCCUUACAGCGCCGUGCAGCUCGCCUCCUACCGCCGAUGCGUGAUGCUGCUAAUGGAUGAUCUCGGUCACAUAUCCCAGUGGAACGCCAUCAUGGCCGGGAGUCUGGCGGGAAUGAUGGCGGCCAUCGCAACCUACCCAACCGAGGUGGUCAAGACCCGGUUGAUCGUGCAGAACCGACUGGACCCUCCCUACAAAGGCAUUCUCCAUGCUUUGUACAUGAUUUACCACCAGGAAGGAACCUCUGCACUUUAUCGGGGUGUUUCAUUGUCAGUAUUAGGUGCAAUCCCCUUUUCCGUUGGCUCCUUCCUUGUUUACACUCACCUGGAUGAACUCUGGGGUCAACCCAGCCUCUCUUUCACACCCAUGCAAAACUUCUUCAAUGGCUGUCUGGCCACUGCGGUGGCCCAAACUUUCUCCUUCCCCUUUGAAACUGUCAAGAGGAAAAUACAGGCUCAGAGCCCUCGCCUCCCUGGUUCUGGAGGGGUUGACGUCCGUUUUACCGGCGUGAUAGAUUGUUUUAAACAGACGGUAAAAACCAAAGGAGUCCUGGCGCUCUGGAACGGACUAACUGCCAAUUUACUCAGGAUCGUCCCUUAUUUUGGGAUCAUGUUCAGCACUUUUGAAUUUUGUAAACGGGUCUGCCUGUACCGGAAUGGUUACACCGAUUCUCCUUUACGCAAUGCACUUACUCCCGGCAUAGACCAGAGCUUACAACCUCAGGAACUGCAAGACUUAAGGCUCCUCGGACGAAGAAACUUCUAAGCAUCUGGAUGUGUUUUUCGAAACGCAGCUUCCCAGCCAAAAAAAAAAAAGAGACACUGAGAUUCCCAGCCAGCUGUCUUGUCUUCCAUGGAAUUGCUGCCAAAGCCAAACUCAAGGAAAUGGGACAUAAUUUCCUUAUUCACGACGGUCUGAGCAAACAGACAACCUCCAAGUUUAUAAAAAUCCAUCGACCAUCCAUUGAUUGCCAGCGAUUGAACUGUGACGCUGUCUUAAGUUUGGUGGUUUUCUUGCAGACGUUUCAUGACCCGAUGAGGUAACAUCAUCAGCGCUGGAGGGGAAGUGAGGUUUGUUUUCAUAUAGAUAACGCGAGAGCAAACCUGACUCCCUUCUAGCGCUGGUGAGGUUACCUCGUUGGGUCAGGAAACGUCUGCAAGAAAACAGCCAAGCUCAGAGAGCAGCAAAGACCCCAGACUUCAACCCUGUGUUACGAACAUUCUCUUCCAACUAUUGAUUGGAAUGAUAUUGCCAAUUUUUCUCUCCUAACCAGUCAAUCCUUGGUGACACGGAUCAUCGGAAAGAGGGACAAGGGGCCAAUGAGAGACAAUCUCGUAUCCUGAAAUCACGUGUGGACUAUUGGGGACCAUAGCUGGAGAGAAAUUGUGUACGUGAGGAGGAGGAGGCUAAAGAGAAAACCUUCUCUCCAUCAAAAUCUCCCACCCACCCACCCACCCGGCCACCGAGAGCUAGUUGACAGACGCCAGAUUAGAAAUGUCUCCGACAGGUUGAGUUUCCACAGGUUGGAAUUUGAACAGGGUGGUUGAACUUUUAAUUUAUGCAAAACAGCAACCAUUCACCUACCUGUCCGUCCCUGCCUUAGAUUCCGAAAUGGGAAAGUCCGAAAAAGUCUGUAUUAUGUGCUGCUUGGAUUCUGCUGGAGCAGGGAUGGCUAACCUUUUCCGGACCAAAUGCCCAAAGCGUGCGCCCGAACCUCUAAAAUGCAAUGCGCGCGUGGCCCCCAUGCAUGCGCUUCACCCCCGCGCAUGCACGCAUGGCCCCCUGCAUGAGCCCUGCUCCUGCGCAUGUAUGCGUGGGCCCCCAGCAUGCACCCCACCCCCCAGGUGGCAGAGACCCAAAGACCAGCUGGCUGGUGGGACGUGUGCGCGCAUGUGCGGCAAAGCUGAACUUGGGCGAGGGCUUGCGCGGCCACAGAGAGGACAUUGCAUGCCACCUCUGGCACACGUGCCAUAGGUUACACCAGCGGUUCUCAACCUGUGGGUUGUGACCCCAUUGGGGGUCGAAUGACGAUUUGCCAGGGGUCGCCUAAGACCAUCGGCAAUAUGGGAAGUAUACUUGGGAGUCGAGGAAUCGCGCUCCAAUGGUUGACUCCACAAGCCAGCUGCAGGCUCUUCAAAUCGCUAGCCGAAUUUGGCUUCAGGCGCGAUGAAUUAAAAAAGAGAGAAAUCUUUGCUCUGAUGUCUCCCUCUCAAGCCAGCUGCAAUCACUCCCAAUCGCUAGCCUAAUCUGGCUUCAGGCGCCAUAAACUUAAUAAGGGAGGAGUCUCCGCUUUAAUGCCUCCGUCCUCAAGGCAAUCGCAAGCAGUUCAGAUCGCUAGCCAAUAUGGCUUCAGGCGCGAUAAAUGCAAAACGAAAAUAAUUUUACGGUUGGGGUCGCCACAUCGUGGGGAAUUGUAUUAAAGGGGUUGCCACAUCAUGGGGAAUUGUAUUAAAGGGGUCACCACAUCGUGGGGAAUUGUAUUAAAGGGGUCGCAGCACUUUAAAGGUUGAGAACCACUGGGUUACACCAUCACAGUACUAGAGUCUUCCGGUGUAACUGUAGUCUUAAAUCUCCUUUUUUUUCUUAGAUCCCUAAAAAGCUUGCAAAAGGACCAAAUGUAAAACAAAAUUCCCUCUGUUCAAAUCUUGAAAUAUAACACGCCAGCAUGGUUCUUUUCCCUUCCUCGUCAUUUUUUAAUGGUAGAUACCUGUCAAAAGGCGUGAUUCUGUCCUAACACAUUCCCUAAAAAGCUUGCAAAAGAGGAGCAGUGACCAAAUGUACAGCAAAAUUCGCUCUUCUCCAAAUCAUGACAUAUAAUACGCCAGCAUGGUUCUUUCCCUUCCUGGUCAUUUUACGGUAGACAUCUGCCAAAAGUUGUGAUGCUGUCAAGAGUUGUUCUAAAAUUCCUAGCAAUAACGGGUUUUAAUGUGUUUUCUUGCUGCACACUUGAUACCGAACUUAUUAAACAGGAGAACAAACGA